UAUGUUGAGUCUCACCCAUAAUAUUUGUAGCUUACAUGGGUCGUUUGUAUAAACAAAACAGACCAGCGUAGCGUUUUGGGGAAUUGUAAAGCUAUGCCGCCUCGCGUGAGCGUUAAUAACACCCCGCAACGCUUUAGUCGCCGUUAUCAGCGCGUGUAAAUCCUGCCGUUCAACGUAAGGGUGCCGUUCGGAGCGCUAAAUAAAGGUAUUUAGCGUCUGAUCGAAACGGAACUGACUGUUUGUGCUGCGAAAAUAUGGCAGAGUUGCACGUUGAGCCCAACGCGACUGGCAUCAUCGAGCAGCCGGAGCAUUGUGAGAUCCGCGGCUCGGUGAGCGUGAGACUGCCCUCGCCCACCCUGGUGAUUCCGCCCCGGAGUGGCUUGUCCAGUCCUGGGGUCUCGGGCUCCAGAGCGGUCUUCGGGUUCCCUAUGAAGAGCAACCCCACUUCCCCUUCACCUGAAGCCACAGAGAAACCCGGGUCCCGGUGGGUUCGGCUGAACGUUGGCGGAACAUACUUUAUUACAACCAAACAGACCCUGUGCAGGGAUCCCAAAUCCUUUCUGUAUCGAUUGUGUCAGGAAGAUCCAGAUCUGGAUUCGGACAAGGAUGAGACAGGAGCAUAUUUGAUUGACAGAGAUCCCACAUAUUUCGGGCCCAUCUUGAACUACUUGAGGCAUGGAAAGUUGAUCAUCAACAAGAACCUCGCUGAGGAGGGUGUUUUAGAGGAAGCCGAGUUUUACAACAUUGCAUCACUCGUGAGGCUCGUGAAGGAGAGAAUACGAGACAAUGAAAACAGAACGUCUCAGGGCCCAGUGAAGCAUGUGUAUCGUGUUUUACAAUGUCAAGAAGAGGAGCUCACGCAGAUGGUUUCCACCAUGUCAGAUGGAUGGAAGUUUGAACAGCUCAUAAGCAUCGGCUCCUCCUAUAACUAUGGCAACGAGGACCAGGCCGAAUUCCUGUGCGUUGUUUCCCGGGAGCUCAACAACUCCACCAAUGGAAUUGUUAUUGAGCCCACUGAGAAGGCUAAGAUCCUUCAAGAGAGAGGGUCCAGGAUGUGAGGAGCCUGUCGCCUGAGCCCACACAGAUCUCCCAUCCCUCACCUCCUUUCCUUCCAGAUCCUCCAUCAGCCCUCCACCCCUCACCUCACCCUGCCCUCCUCCCUCGUGCCUUUCCACUGUGGGGCGUCAGUCCCCCUCCUCCCUGCAGUGCUGCAGCAUUAACCAAUCAGCACCACCACUAACUAUCACUGCUCUUACUGACUAAUCAAAACAAAAGAGAAACAACAACAAUGCGUCCGGGGUUAAGCCUCAGACCAUCACAUUUGAUGCAAGACUGCUCAGAGAGAGGAUUACAGGGAAGGAUCCAUCAUUCAUCCUAAUGCUUAUUUAUGCAGACUUCAUCAUCAUUAUUAUCAUCAUCCUCAUAUCCCGAUCGUUAUCAUCAUACAGCUGCUGGCUUUACACGUUGCCCCAUUGGCUCGGCUGCGUCCAUCAACUCCUCAGGACUUCCAAAAUAGACUCGCAUCUUCAGCUUCUCAUUAACUUACACUGUAAAUCAUUAUCAGCCAUCAUUUAUGCAUUCGUUUUCCAUUGGCAGAUGGCACUACGGAUAAAAAUCGAGACGACGGCAUUCAGAACGUGCUGAUUUUGAAAUUUUUUUUGUCUUUGAAAUGGCAUGUUUGUUUCGUUAACGAUCCAUUUACCCAUCUGGAAAGGACCAGGGGAGAAGGGAGAACUCAUACUGCCAAUAGUCCGCGUGUCUAUCGCUGUGAAGAUUCGUCUCACAUUUCCCAUUUGCUACGGGUGACUUUUUGUCGUCCUGGAUUUUGGUUUUGUUUUGCCUCGUCUCUGUGGAUAUUUCAAAAGCAUCAACAUACAGGAUAUAAAAAAAGAAGAAAUAUGUGGUUGUAGGGCAUGUGAGGAUUAUGUAUAUUACAAACAUAUGUAUUACAAAGAGGCCGAAUGCAAAUCUUGUAAUUGUUGAUAUCUGUACCAUAGUGGUCGUUUUUUUUUCUGUGUGUGUGUGCGCGUGUGUUUAUCGAGAUUUGAUUUGGGGGAAGGUCGACCCUUGAAUUAUUUUUUCUUUCUUUAAAGCCUGGUUGCCAACAUGUGAAAUGGUUUGUUUUACCUUCAAACUCUUUGUCGAUGACUGGAAAUAAGCAGGAGGCUUCUAGUGUUAGUGGUAUCAUAGUCCUGGUGCUUCGGGAGACUGUUGAUGGACAAAGUGGCCUCAAGUUUUGAGUCAGGGCAAAACUGCAUUAGUGGCUCUUUGUUGCAUCUUUUUUUUUUUUUUCGACACUUGUCUGACAAGUUUAAAUUCAGAUAUAGCUCUCCCCAUAACAGUUUGGCUAUUUAAAUGUUUAAUUUUUCAGCUUUUGGUUUAAACUAAGUCUGAUAACGUCAGCAGAAUGUUUUUGAAUGUAAAGGGCUCCAUUUGUUGUGGAACGUUCUUGACUUUUUUUUUUAAUCUGAUAAGUUUAACAUUGAAGCCUCAUCUUUGAAGGCUUUGGUUGCCCUCGUUGUUUAAAGAGUAGGUUCACCUCAAAAUGAAAAAUUUCCAUAAGACUUCAUUCAUCCUAACAACAAAGAUUUUUUUAAUAUGUUUACAUUUUUUCCCAUUUAUUGAAAUUUGGCCAAAACACGAAGAUUUCAAAAUGUAUUUUAAGGAGAUCAAAACAUAAAAACAAUGUAAUAGAAAUCAGCCGGUUGAUUUGAAUAGAUGCACAUAAUCACUUAUUUGAUGGUCAAAUAUUAAAUAGGGUUUAAUUUACAUUUUUAUUUUGAACAGCAAACAUAAACAGAAGCUAAACUGUUCCAGCUUGAUGAGUUUGAAUAUGCCACGACACAAGAAUAAACCUGAUUGGUUCUCAAGCAUCAAGCAAGCAUUAUGUAAUUUGAAUUCUGAAAAAAUUCAUAAAAGAUCAGUGUUAAUAUGUAAAUAAAAUACUAAAUUAAAUCUUUAUCAAAUAAAGUGAUUGUGUCCAUUGAGAAUAAAGUCAAUUAAGCUUUAUUUUUUUUUAUAUUUGUUGACAUUUCGAAGUUUUGUGAGAAAAUUUUCAAUCGAGAGACAAAAAUCUCUCAGGUUAGAUAAAAAAAAUCUUCAUUUGCGUUUCAAUGAUCAAUUUUCUUAUGGUGUUUAGACGUUUUGUUUUUUUACGAUGUGAGUUUUCAUUUUAGAGGUGAACGUUCCCUUUAAUUUUUGUUUAUUUUCGAUAAAUUCGUUAUGGUUUCUCUGAAUCUACUGUGACUACAUUGCAAAUUGUCAGUAUUUGAAUAGUAAUCCAGGCUGUAUUUUAAUUAUUCAUAUCUGUUGAUAAACUAUUGUUGAAUCUAGGGGUCAGUCUAAGAUGGCAUCAUGUAAAUGGACGUUUUUUUAUGGUCUGCAGUGUUUCAAAGUGUUGUCCUUUCCUCUCUUUAUCACACUAAACUCACGUCCUUUAGUUGAUCAUAUCAAGAAGACGAUGUACUUGAGUUUGUGAGCUACAGUAUAAUCUGUUUAAAUGGUCGUUGGCUUUUCUCUUUCUUUGGUUGUGUUAAUGUUUUCCCCCUCCUGGAGAGAGUUUAUUUGUUCAAGCCCACUUAUUAGUCACCGAAGCUCCUGUAACAGGAUCCUGUUUGUACUUUCCCUUUGUUCAAAUAGCUUUCAGGUCCACUUUUAAAUACAGAAAGAUUGGAGUUUGUUCCAGGUGGCAGCGUUAAAGUCUCUCUCUCCGUCCCAAUUGUUUGUCUGGUGUUGUGCCUUUGACCCGUCGUGCCCUACUGUACGUGUCUUCACUCCUAGAUUACUCUUUUAUGAAUACAGAUGGUUGAGAAAUAUUUGUUUUGACUAAAUCAGUUCUGUUCCCUGACACAGAUACUGAAUGUGCCCAUUUUCCCCUGAGAUUGUUAUUGUUCUUGUUUUCAGUGGUUCAUCCCUAUUUAGCUUCUCCACUCCUGCCCCUGAGCACUUUUAAGUUUGCGCCUACCUGCAUUGUAAUUCACACUGUGUUUGUUCUAUUUUUAGAGUCAAACCCCAUGUGAGGCAAAUGAAAAUGUCAUGCGCAGUCUCAAGUUUUAUUUAAGGCGGUUUUGGAAACCGAUACGGACGUCACAUUGACUGCUGAUGCUUUCCGUCACGUGAGACUGGGAAUUUAGUUUGUCUCCUUAUACUUUUAGAAAUCCGCCAUUCUUCUUUAGGCUUCGUGUGGUUUAGGAUCUAAUGAAAACGAUAUAUGGAUUAAAAAAAAAAAGAUAUUUUCUUUGUGAAGAAAAUAUAUAAAUGGUGAAGUUGGUGGUUUGGAAUGCCAACUCGGAAGCAUGCAAAAUGUAUUGAGUAUAUAUAACGUUAUAUGCUGGGAUGUUGUCAUAUUAUAAAGGUGAUUCGGUGCAUGGACAGUUGACAGAUGGUAUCAAUGACAUCAAAUCAUAAAAUUUGGCCCUGUUUUAACUGUUUGGUGGAAAUCAAUAAAAUCCAAUUCACUAUUACUGGAAAAACUUGUUUGCUGAGAGAAAUAUGCUUACACAACACCCCAUGUAUUCGAUAAAAAUAUAGCUUUCAAGCUGGCCAAAGGUGCAGACCUCUGUCGUAACGUCUUCAGAUUAAAGCUAAAAACAAGGUCCAUGUUUAACAGUUGUUGUUUAUUUUCUGCCAUAAUAGUUAGUCUACAACACCUGCAUGCUUUAAUAUACAGUACACAUACAUUUUAACGUGCUGAAACCUGCUCUUUCAUCAGAUGUUUUGGGUGUAUUGUCAACAGUAUUGAUGUAAAGUGUCAAAUAUGUCACUAGGCUAUGGAGAUUGUCAAGCUAAGUGUUCUGGAAAUGAAUAGUCUUGAUCAGACUGUCCUUUUCAUUUCUUUUUUAUUUCAUUUUUGAAGUUUGAUGCAGUUUCUUGCAAUGUACAGAUUGCAAAAUGAUAAUGUAUGAUUUUUAUCAUAAAAUGUGUUUGUGUUUCA